GAAGUCUGGCGCCAGGGUAAGGGGAUGAUCCUGGUCAUGAUGUCGCAGUUUUUUGGCGCGUCUAUGAAUGUCAUGACCCAGGUGUUGGAACUCAAGGGCCGGAAUGGGGAAGGAUUGAAGCCUUUUCAGAUUCUGUUUGCACGUAUGUCUAUCACCGUCAUUGCGAGCUACCUGUACAUGUGGUAUACCCAAGUGCCCCAUCCGCUCGGGACCCGGGAGAUGCGCCCGCUGCUGAUGCUUCGGGCCGCGGGUGGUUUCUGGGGCGUGUAUGGGCUUUAUUACUCGGUCCAGUACCUACCGUUGUCGGAAGCAACCGUCUUGACGUUCCUAGCGCCCAUCCUCAGCUGCUACGCCUGCUCCAUCUUCAUUCCCCAGGAGACUUUCACCCGCAGACAGCAACUGGCCGGGGUGGUGUCUUUGAUUGGAGUCGUGUUGAUUGCCCGACCAUUCCCCCUUUUGCGUUCGGUGACUGGGCCGCCGCCCGACUCGGUGGGCGCUGCGAGAGAGAACCCCGGGGAUGCAGAUCAAUACCACCGCGUGUUGGCGGUCAUUGCUGCGCUGAUCGGCGUCACUGGCGCCUCCACGGCGUACUCGUCGAUCCGAGUGAUCGGACAACGUUGCCAUCCCCUGGUUUCAGUGACAUACUUUUCCCUGUUGACUACUCUCAUUUCGACUUUCGCGAUCUUAUUUGUUCCGUCGAUCCCGCUGGAGUUGCCGGGAACAACGCUGGAAUGGACGCUGCUCCUGGGAUUAGGCGUCUGUGGAUUCCUGCUGCAGUUCUUGCUGACGGCUGGGCUAUCAUACGUGCCCCCGCCGCCCCGGACCACCUCCAUGAUCUACACGCAGAUGCUGUUUGCCCUGUUUUAUGAUCGCUUAAUCUGGGGCAGCUCGCUGUCGGUGGUGAGUUGGGCGGGGUCUGCUUUGAUUCUAGGCAGUGCCAUCUAUGUUGCUAUGGCGCGUGAA